UUACAUCUAUGUUACCUACUGGUUUACGUACCAAUAACUGAUGCACGUUUAACAAAAAAAAAAAAUCCAAAGUACAUAAUUGAACAAAAGUGUAUGUAUUGAUUUAUUUUGUACACAUUGGUGUCAUUGCCCUUCACCGGCUCUGUGUGUUCAGCAGCAUAUGAAGUGCCUGUGGGAUGAAGGAGACAGUUUCUCACAAAGCUCCCCCAGUCUUCUUAGGCCAGCUGCAUUCGUGGCAUCUCUAGCCUCAACACCUCUUUUUACAACGCCAUCCUCCUAUUCUUACAUGUAUCUUUAUGCGUCCCACAUUUACUGUGCCACCAGUAAUGCUGGUCUUUUCUUUUGUUUGCUAGUACAGCUUUUAUGUCUGCUUUUAUGAUGGCCUUAUCUGAAAUCCGUAAUAGCAUCAGCAUAGGUUUAAAAUGUACAGGAAACUGCAUGAACUUGUAAAAGAAGGCUUGUAUGCUUUGUCAAACUGUUUUUUCAGGUUAACCACAGCAAGUAUCAGUGUCUGUGGCAACCUGACCUGGAUUUAGGAAGCUAUUAUAAUAAAUGCUGACUGUCUGCUGUCAACGCCUUGAGUGGCAUGAGUCAGAAAACACAAAAGAUAAUGUAUCAAGAAGGUUGGAUUGUUGGGCUGGUGACAUUUUCUCAUUAUGUUUUCCUUUCCUUUCCCUUUUUGAAGAAUUAUUUACAUUAUUUUGUUAGAUGUAGUUUAUAUUACAAGGUACAGAUCUUUUGAGUGGCUGGUGCUCUGAGGCUGUCCAGUCUCAUACCCAUUUUGGUCAAUAUUCUUAUAGAAAUCUAUUAGACCACCUUUCCAAACCACACACACAACCCCGUAAUCUCUAAUUUGUUCCUUUUUGUUUCACUGUGUCGACUUCUCUGUGGGAGGGUCCGAGCCAGCUAAAAUGCCUGGCAACUGUAACCAAGGGGCAGGGAUAGCCAGGCUUGGUCACUGCCAUGUUUAAGUGAUUUGUGGAAAAGAGAAAGGGAAGAAAUAACAUGAGGACAGAAAGAAAUUGGGACAAGGAGCUAUUGGAGAAAUGAGGGAUAUAAACACCUUUUGAAUGAGGAAUCAAUCAUCUUGGAUGUCUGUUUCAAGGAAGAUCAGGGAAGAAUCAGGGAGAGAGAGGCGGACAGGCAUGUUUAAGGAGUUGAAAGAGAAGCAGGACCUCAGGUGCAGCCCAUAGGGAAGGCGGGGAAAGUGUGUGCAUGUGAACGAGAGAGAGAGAGAGAGAGAGAGCCUGGCAGCAAGGGAGGGAGCGUGUGAAAAAGAGAGGCGCGAGCGAGUGAGUGAGAGAGAGAGAGAGAGAGAGAGACUGAAAGGGGAGAGGGAAGUGAAAGCCACUCACAGCAUCUCUUUCCCACUGCGCCAGCGGUCCAGGGCUGCUUAUCACCUCUGCGCUGCUGCUUCUCCAUGCAAUUGUUUUUGUUAUCGGUUUUCUUGAUAAUCCUUGUUUUCCUGUUUACUCCAUUCUUAUCAUCGACCUGAAUUUUUCUCGUUACUUUUUCCCUUUUUGCUGAAUUGAAUCUUUGGGUACAUACAAGAAAAGGACUUGUAUCAGAUUGCUGGAACCGCUGAUUGAAGACAAUGACAGCAGUACCAUUCAGACGCUUUACCUGUAUCUCACAGAUGUUUUUUUUUCCCAGUGUCAACAUGUGUUGCUUAAUGAAGUUCUACUGACAGAAAAAGGAAGAAAAUCAGUAGGGAAACUGCCGCAUAUGGACUUAAAAACUGACAGGUGACUGAAUCCAGGCAUACGUAAUGAUCUUUGCACACUGAAAACGGGAUAACAGGAUAUGCAGAGAUUUUGGGCACCUGGGAAAGAACCUGUUUGGAGAAAUAUGGAAUGCCUAUGUAAUGGCUAGGUAUCAAAACUUAUCACGAUACCUGAAGAGAUGAUUUUACCUCAUGAGACCUUUUUGAAAUGGUCUCUGCAAGAAUAUGGCCUUUUAAUGUUUUUAAUUUCUGUCGUAUUCGUAAGGUCAAAUUCAGGAAAAAGUAAGUGAAUUGGUAGAAAACGGACCUAAACCGUUCUGAAAUUUUGAUCUUUUCCAUUUUGCUCCAUCUGUGGACAUUAAACACUGUGAUUUUGAAACACUGAGCAGAAACAACACAAGCUGCCAUAGUGUAUUCUGUGUUUAUCUACAGUGUGCCUAGGUUUGGAUUUUGAAACAAUCGAAAGCUCACAGCUGGAUCCAGGUAACAGCCGUGAGGUCCUCUCCGCAAACGCCACAUUAAAUACAGUGCACAUGUAUUUGUAUCCAGACAAGGAAUGUGCUGAAUCCAAUGUAACUUUCAGCUGUCCUGUAUUUCUGGGAUUUUGUAACAGUUACCUGAAGGUAUGACUAAAGAAGACGAUAGCUUUUAAACUACAGUAGCUGAUUUUUCCCUGUGAUUGCACGGAAUUUGUCAGAAUUAGGUUUAAAGAUUUUUUAGGUUUCCAUAAUUUUCUCGUAUUAUUUAUUUGAAACAGUGUAAAUCAAAUAUCUGCACUAAUUUGCUGAUAAUUUUGUCUGACGAGUGCAUAGGAAACUGUUAUGGCUGAUCCUUAAUUGCGAUGAUCUUGACCUCAAAUCCAUUACCCUUGUGAGCACCGUCAAGAAAAUCAGUAGAUGUUGCAGCUUGUCGGAGGUGCUCUGAAAGCUGUGGUAAAUGGUUCCAGUAAUCAGCACUGACAUGAUGCUCUUUUCCAAUGCGUACCAUCUUCAGUCUUUUGUUUGUAAAUGACAGUUUCUGAACCUUUUUCAAGCAUGACUGAUUGGGGAAGAGACGUGGGCAUUUUUUCCUCCUCUUUUGCUGGAUAUCUUGAUUUUUGCCAGUGCUUAUUUCUUUGGGACCCAACUAUGUGAGGAAGCAGAGGUGAGAUGAAAAACAAAAUUAGAUAGAGCUGUGCUUGCUGAAGGACAUUACAGACAAAGGGCAAAAGGAGAUUUGGGUGCAGUCCGUCUGCAUUGAGUGAAGAACCAAGGAACUUUACUUGACUGCACCAGGACAAUGAACCAGUCAGGACUAAUUGAGCUCGUCACACCUGAAAACAGUAGUUUUGGUAAUACGGUGAGUGUGUCCCUGAACCACUCAUGUCCUCUUGGUUGGGGACAGAAUGAGGGCAGGGAGACUUGCAUCGUAGAGACGGCUCUCAUUGUGCUGCUGACUGUGCUCAUUAUUGCUGGGAAUUUGACUGUCAUCUUUGUGUUUCAUUGUGCUCCUUUGCUGCAUCACUACACCACCAGCUACUUUAUCCAGACUAUGGCCUACGCAGACCUUCUGGUGGGGCUGAGUUGCCUGGUGCCCACUUUCUCUUUGCUGCACUACCCAGCUGGUAUCCAGGAACCCCUCACAUGCCAAGUGUUCAGCUACGUCAUCUCAGUGUUGAAGAGUGUUUCUAUGGCUUGCCUGGCCUGCAUAAGUAUAGAUCGCUACCUGGCCAUUACUAAGCCCCUCUCCUACAACCAGCUGGUGACACCUUGCCGUUUGCGUUGCUGCAUCAUCCUGAUCUGGAUCUACUCUUGCAUUGUGUUCCUGCCAUCCUUCUUUGGUUGGGGGAAACCAGGAUACCAUGGGGACAUCUUUGAGUGGUGUGCUCAUUUCUGGCCAACCUCUGCUCUGUUUACCGGCUUUGUUGUGUGCCUGCUGUACGCUCCAGCGGCCCUUGUGGUCUGCUUCACCUACUUUCACAUCUUCCGCAUCUGUCAACAGCAUAAUCGGGAGAUCAGCGAGCGAAGGGCUCGUUUUCCCAGUCAGGAGAUGGAGGCUGGUGAGGGGGGACACCAUACAGGUCAUGGCCCUGACAGGCGCUACGCCAUGGUGCUCUUUCGCAUCACAAGUGUUUUCUACAUGCUCUGGCUUCCCUAUAUCAUUUACUUUCUCCUGGAGAGCUCCCACAUCUUGGACAGCCCUGCUCUGUCUUUCAUCACCACCUGGUUAGCGAUCAGCAAUAGCUUCUGCAACUGCGUCAUCUACAGUCUGUCCAACAGCGUGUUCCGGCUCGGCAUGCGUAGGCUCUCGCAGACACUCUGUUCCUCCUGCUCUUUCAGCCCUUGUGCCCAUGAUGACAAGGACUUCAGAGAGCCAAAGCCUAGGAAGAGAGCCAACUCAUGUUCAAUCUGAUGAAGUUGUCAUGAGCUGCUAAAUACUAUAUCAAGGGACUAUUUCAAGGGAAGAGGUUUUUAUGACUUGGAAGUUUUUGAAUUUGUGCAAUUAAUAAAAUGACUGAACGGUUCACCUUGUUGGGUUAAACUAGGUCUCAUCUAAACCACACACAGGUUGACUACCUGUCCUGUAAAUAAUAAAGCGGCAUCUGCCUUGAUAGUGUAUAUAUCACCAAAUGGCUGGUGGGUAUAACCUGGUUGGACAUUUUUUUUUUUUUUGCCAAAUAUGCAAAGCCAGACGUAAAACGGCAUCACACCACCAUCACAACAAAAAAAACAAAAAAAACAACCAAAAACAGUAAGGUGAAUUAGUUUGAACCUGGUUGUUUUUACUGAUGUCUCUUUGUGGAUGCUACAUUGAUAUAGGUUAGAUUUUUAGAUUUUGAUGAGUAUAUUUUUUACAUUGAACUACAUCUGCUACCAAAAUGGCUGCUAUAUCAAGAGAACAUUGCUUAAGAACAAUGUUCAAAUAUGAGCAUUUCAGUAAAUGUUUAAAGGAGUUUAAAAAAAACAACGUUUGAGGCAUGUGACACAAUCACAGCAAAGCUUGUCAAAUUGACCUUUGUUAGUGUUCUUAUUAUAGCACAGCACACCUCCAACUGAGAUGGGCUUAAAUACAGUGACGGCAAAGACUAAUAUAAGGCUCCGAAUUGGGAUGUUUGAAUUGCAAGGUCAAACAAAAGGUGAAAGCAGUCAAUCCAAGUCACUGAUAUGCAUUCCAAAUGUCAUCCUUUUUUAAUAGAGAUGCUGAGUCAUUACAUACGCACAAUAUUAUCAAUGCCUUUAGUAGUCGUGAAAUGUACCUUAGUUCCCAGUGGUGGUAUUUCUUGGCAGUAUGUAAUUAAACUUGCUCACCUGCAGUGGCUCUGUGACCCUCUGAAAACCACACAACGCCGCAAACUCAACAUAUUUUUUUCUGUUUAAUCAGCAUAAGGUUCAGUUGAAGUGCACAUUUCCUGGUAUGCAAGCAAGUCAUUUUGUUUGCACCUGUGAUUUUCAGUACUUAUAUUUGUCCGUGCCUCAGAUAUAUGAAGAAUUGAACUUUGUGUAAUAAAUUUUUAUAAAAAUUACUUUUAUACAGUAUGACACUUUUUUUCCCCUGCAUAAUUAUGUUUCAUCAAGCAUAACCUUGCUUGUCCUUUGCCAGCUUUUAUAUGUUCAUAAAUUUAUUUUUAAAUUAUACUGAGGGUGCACAAUAAAUAGAAAAUAUGGUGACAUAUCAACAAAUAUCAUUAAUCACAUCAUCUCAUAUGAUUUAUUCUGUACAUUUGUUCAUUUUAGUUGCAUUCAGAUGUUUGGAUUCAUUGCGUAAUCUGGGAAAACAAAUCCUGCGUGAUUUUGUUGUUCUUUAUUUUUCCCCCUCCCAUAUUAAUUUACCCAUUUCACUAACAUCAAUUUUUGUGAUUUUCAUGUUUUUCAGUACACGACAUGUGUAAAUUGAAUACUUCUAAACAUUCAGUUCAAGUACUCAUAUUCCAUAUUUGGACUGAUUAAGGUAAACCACACAUUGAUUGCGUUAAAAGAUUUCUUCCAAUUUAAAAAUAAGGGACUUUGUGAACUGUUAGGAAAUCUCUGUGAAAUAUCCUGGUGGGUGUGUAUUUAUUUAAGUGAUAUAUUGACAAUUCCAUGAAAAACUGUUGCUGAUUUCUUGUCAGUUUGCACUUGUCCUUAAUUUGUGGAUGAAUGUCUCAAGUUGUAAAAUAAAUAUAGUCGACUUCACUAUAUCUCAGAGAACGACUAGCCUAGUUGAUGUCUACACAAAAAGUUGAUGAUACAAAAAGCACAAAACUGUGUAGUGAGUGCAUUACUACAUGGAUGUGCAUUUAAAAUUUAAAUAUUUAAACAUUAAAUGAUCUAUUUAUUUAUUUAUUUAUUUCGCAACAUCCACACAGAUAUGAUAGCUGGUAAAUUGGAGUAUAUAUAUAUUAUAUGUGUGUGUGUGUGUGUGUGUGGCUGUAUUUGUAUUGCUGUACAGCUGGUGUAGGUUAUCUACUGAAAUCGUAUGAUUAUCUAGCGAUGGCACAUUCCAUAGUGUAAGUGCAACAAAAUUACUCAUGUUAAUUUAACUGUUUGGUUUUUUUUGCUCUUGUUUUUUUUACUUCUGGGUUUUUUUUGGUUUUUUUUGUUAAGCAAAACAAAAAAAAUUAUACAGUAUAUAUUUUUUUAUUUUGGAGGUUUUGUGGGAAACUAUGGUUUUCUGUUUCUGCCAGUAAAAUAAAAGUGAACAGAGAAUACUUGCCCUCCUGUGACUGGACAUUAUUACUUUAAAACUCUCCACUUUGAAGAGUUUAUGACCUCUGUGCCCUCACUUUUUAUUCUUUCGUCCACCAAAUGAAUGUCAAUAACAGCUGAAUAACAUUAUCAUAAUUGUGCUUCUGUCAGUGAGAUAAUAACUUGGCAUUGUGAGAAUCCUAAUUAGGCCUGAGACUCUGUGCUUAGGAUUUCCUCCGUGCUGUAACCCCUGCACUUCUGUUUCUGCCCAUCAUUCAAAAAUGAAUGCAUCUUGUUUUUCAGUUGUCCGUCAUGCUUUUGUGCUGAGGCUGGUCAGAUUUGACAUGAACAGUGGAUAGAUUCUUAAUGAAAAACACAACUACAAAACAGUACAAUGACAAACUCGCUUAUAUUGAACAUAGAACUUUUGAAAUCAAAUCUUAUGCCAUCGUUUUGGUGCUAAAAUUCACGCUAAAUGAAAUCUGACUCCUGAUGAUCUGUGCUGCGACUCUGACUCAUUCAGCUCAUGGUGAAUUGAGCAGACGUGAUCAGUUUUUAAUUGUAGCGUCCAUUCUCUAACUGAACCAAAUGAUUUUUAUUUGCUAUAAAAAAGGCAAAACGACAGUGGGGGCGGUGCUGCAGUGGACAAGUGAUGUGUGCGGCCGGAACACCGUCUAUCGCAGUGAGCCUAACGGUGGAUGACUUUGACUGUCUGAUCCCAGAACAGCUUUUCUGCUCUGCUGUCCUGACUGGCUCCUGCAAAGGUUAUGGCUUCCCAUCAAAAAGGAAAUUAGAGCUGUGCAGUUAGAGGAAAUUAAAUGACCUUUUUUUUUUUUUUUUUUAAUAAAU